UCACCUAUUUUCUCUCCCCUUUUACGAAUCAAAUAUCGUCUUACUUUUUGGCGGUGGGGCAGAACCGUGAGAGUCGAUCGUCGAAAGAACGGCGUCGUUUCGUUAAUAGAAGAUUUGGAUAUCUAAGCCGGGCAGUGGGCGAGGGAGGAGACAUCCACAGCAGCACAUCCAUGGCUUCAGGAUUCGUCGUAUCUUCCCAGGCCAGAGUCACAUCAAAUUUUGCAGUAGCCUCUAUUUCUAGGGUUUUAUCAACAAAAUGCAGAAACUCACUUAUCUCCAGUCAGCUCUGCUCAUCUCGCGCUCCUUCGAAUCGCUUCUUCUGCGAGUGUUCCCAUCUCCAAGACCCAAUCGACCUCAUCAAAUACAAAGAGGUUUUCUCGCGGCGAAUGGCCAUGGCUGGUCUUAAACCUCACCACCGCAUCGCUCUUGGAGUGUCGGGUGGACCCGACAGUAUGGCGCUGUGUAUUCUAACAGCUGAUUGGAAAACCAAUGGCCUCAAUACUGCUGGUGAGAGCCGUGGUUUCAUUGAUGGGCUUUUGGCAAUAAUAGUUGAUCAUGGACUGCGAGCAGAGAGUAAAGAUGAGGCAAACAUUGUCCGCCAUAGAGUUUCUGAUAUGGGAAUCAGAUGUGAGAUUGCCCAAUGUGAUUGGUUAGAUGGUAAGCCAAAACAGGGUCACUUGCAAGAAGCAGCUCGUGAAAUGAGGUAUCAAAUUUUCCAAAAUGUUUGCAUUCAACAUCAGAUUGGGGUGUUGCUUGUUGCCCAUCAUGCAGAUGACCAGGCUGAGCUCUUCAUUCUCAGGCUAUCCCGUGAUAGUGGUGUACUUGGACUAGCUGGCAUGGCUUUUGCUUCUCAGUUGUUCUCAACUUAUACAAAUUAUUUUGAUGAAGCUUCCGACAAUUACAGUAUUUUGUUAGUGCGUCCACUCCUAGAGUUCUCAAAAGAAGAUUUGUAUAAGAUAUGUGAAGGGGGUAAUCAAGAAUGGGUAGAAGAUCCAACAAAUCAAAAUCCAUCAUUUGCCCGUAACAGGAUUCGAUUGUCAUUAAGAAAUUUGCCAUCAUGUACCUUCAAGUAUGAAUUACAGGCAGUUAUAUCUGCCUGUCGAAAAACACGUGCAUAUGUUGACCAAAUUUGCUCUAACUUGAUUAAUGAAGCUGCAUCUGUCAUGGCUCAGGGGUAUGCUGUUAUUGAUUUAGAGAUUUUGCAUCCAUCGAAAAUUGAGGACAUAUGCCUGUCAAAGUUUAUUGCUUUGGUUUUGCAGUUCAUCUCACAGAGGCACAGGCCAGUUCGAGGCAGUACUUCAAAAUUGCUACUGGACUAUAUUCGUACUUUCCCAUGCAAGACAUCCCUUACUGCAGCUGGUUGUUACCUGUGUGCAGCUCCUCGGUCUAAAGGUACCAAACUCCUGGUUUGCUGCUCUGUUAAUUCUCCUCUACCUUCAAAAAUGGAGUUGUUCUACAGACACUGUUAUGAAACUCACAAGCACUAUAUUCCAAGUGAAGUUGAGCAAAUUAUAGUAGAUGGGAAAGCAAACUCAGAUAACCUGGUUCCUGAUGCUUCAGAUGUGCAAUUUUUGGAUGUAGCUUCUUCUGAAUCGAUUCUAGUGGAAGCCAAAAGACGUAAUAUCCUCAGUGAGUCAACAUAUAGUAAUAUUCUUUCAUUGCAGGAGGAUGAAACCAAGCAUUUCAAGUCCAAAACUAAAACUAUUUCCGACCAUGACUUAAAAAUGCAUGGAGUGCAUACUGUUAGCACUUCUCUGAGUCUGCCUCUUCAACCUGGCCAAAUUUGUUACUUCAUGAACAGAUUCUUGGUCUCCUGGAACCUGAGCAAUAAAAUUUCUGGAGAUAAGUCUCCUGUAGAAGAGGCAAGUUGUAACAGGGACUUGGCAGGGAAAAGUUUGCAUCACUUUUGCAGACAUUGCAUGGUUGGUCAUGACAUGGUAGCUGAGGUUCGCCACAUGGUUGAUGCUGAUUGGCUCUAUCUUGCAAAGUUGUCAAAGCAUCAGAAUUUGGAAAACCAUGAAAAGGAAAGAGUUAUUUUGGCUAGUGCCAUGGAGCAAAUCUCAGAGAAGACAAUUUUAUGUUCAGAUUUUGCAAGGUUAUCAGCAGAAAGAGCUCUCCACUCAUUGAAGUCUAUCCCUGUUGCCGCUAGGAGAAGCCUACCUGUCCUAAUCAAUUCUCAUGGACUAUUGUUAAGCAUCCCGAGUAUUUGCUUCAGGCAUUGCCCAUACUUGAUGGUAUCUGCUGUAUUUAAGCCAAGAGUACCACUUGGUGGAGGACAUAGUUCAUUUUUGUAGCUUCUAAAACCCAAUUCUGUGGGGUCUUUGUAUAAACCGCUGGCUACACUUUUCAAUUCUGUAAUGUCACCUUCAAAUACAGAAAGUAAUGUAGGAUAUCAAUUCUUGAUUUAUUAUCAAA